AUGAGUUUAAAAAUACACUCAGUUGAUGUGGAAAAAGAUGCUUUCUCAAAUGCUAUUUCUGAGAUUGAAAUUCUGAAGAGAAGAAAGAAAGAAGAAAUAGAGAAACAACAAGUUCUUGAAAUACAGAAACUUGAAAAAAAGAAAACAUAUGCUCAAGCAGCUGAAUCUGCUAUCUCUAAACCUGCUAUCUCAAAACCUGCUCAAAAUCCUGAGAAAACUGAGAAGAAUACUGCUCAUGUCUCUAUUCAUAGAAAAGUGAAAAAGAAAAUGUAA